CCCUUCAGGUCUACAGGGCAAUCCUUCUUGAUUGGGUCUUUAUUGCAUUGCUUGUGUGCAUGUUCACUCAACAGAAGGUUAAAGGAUGUUUCAGACCCUGGAAUAUAGACAAUGUCUAUUGAAGCAGUCACUAUUGUUUUUUUUGGAGUACAUUGCCCAUACUUCUACUUGUCAAUCACUUUGCCUCAUCGCCGCUUUCAUUAACAGCAAAAUGCCCUCAACACUUCAGCCUGAUACUCUCUCUUACAAAAGCACAGUUUUUGAUUUUGCAUUCCAUCCCACAGAGAAUAUCAUUGCCACUGCACUCAUCACCGGGCACAUCAACUGUGUUAAAUAUAUCCCUGGUGCUGGUAAUAAUGAGUCGCUCUGGAAUGUUCGUCCCUCAAAAAAGUCUUGUCGAGGCCUUGCAUUUAAUCAUGACGGCACAGGUCUUUUUACAGUUUCUAAGGAUGGAUCUAUUGGUGCAUUGGAUGUCAAUACUGGCAAUGUAUUAAUCAAGAAGCCUGAAGCACACGAUCACCCAAUCAAUACGGUCAAGUUGUUGACAGAAUAUAUCUUGGCAACAGGAGACGACUCCGGUACCAUCAAGCUUUGGGACGUCAGGACAGGAUCCGAAGCUAUGCAAUAUAGUGAACACGAUGAUUUUAUUUCUGAUUUUGAUUUUGAUUCAACUUCUAAGACUCUAGUUGCGUCUAGUGGACAAGGGACCAUUUCAAUUUACGAUAUUCGCAAACCUAAUAUGUUGGACAUGUCUGCAAAUCAGGAUGACGAAUUACUCUCGAUCUGCAUCGUCAAGGAUCGACGUAAAGUUGUAGUUGGAUCGCAGGAAGGUGUCCUAAAUAUUUAUUCAUGGGGUGAAUGGGGUGAUUGUACCGAUCGAUUCCUUGGACACCCAAAUUCGAUUGAUACAAUUUGUAAGAUUGAUGAAGACACAGUAGCAACAGGAUCAAGUGAUGGAAUCAUUAGAAUUAUUGAUAUUCUACCCAACAAGUUCCAAGGGAUUGUUGGUGAACAUGAGGACUUCCCAAUUGAGUGCAUUCGUCUUUCAAGCGAUAAGACUUAUCUUGCAAGCAGUUCUCAUGAUGACACGGUCCGGUUCUGGGAUGUGCGUUACCUGACAAGUGAUAUGGAUGAGGAUGACGAUGAGGAAGAGAAUGAAAACGAAGAAAGUAAAAGUUCAGAUAAGAGGGAUGGUGAUAACGAUGAUGAGGCUGGUCCUAAUGGUGAUAUGGAUGUUGAUUCUGAUGAUUCAGAUGCGCCCAAGAAGAAGAGCAAUAACAGGCGACCGAAGAGACAGCCGCCAGCCAAGAACAAUCCUGGAUUCUUUGACGAUUUGUAGCUUUGAUAGACAGAAAUAUAAUUUUCCCAUGUAAAUCUGCCC